AUGUGGCGCAAGGGGGCGGCCACCAUGAUACGACUGCGGCAGCCGCUUUGUUAUCAUAACGGCAUGCGUGCAACGGUGAUGGCAACGCGUGCACUCUCGAGCGGUGACGUGCAGGAUGAGGCGACAAGGUGGGCGCGUGGGAUGGAGGACAAGUACGGGCCUGGCGCGUACAAAUUGUUCCGUCCGCUCUACAAGGAUCUUUCGGACGAGAUGCGACGGGAGGUGAACGUGAGGCCGCCGCCCCCGAUGGAUGGUUGGACCACACGUCAUGAUGAGGCGACGAAUCUCGCCGUAUUUGAGCGCGCUGCCGAUGAAACGACGCGAGUGGGCCGUGUUGUUGCGUACAGCCCGAUUGAAAUGGCGAACCCGCCAAAACUUAACGCUUUGCUGUACUUUUUAGACUGGUUCCCUGUGGAGGUGCUGGUGGCACGUAAUGGCGUUAUUUUGCACUUUUCAAUGGCCGUCAACGAGGGUGGGAUGCACAUGCGCAAUGUUCGUGCCUACAAGGAGGAGGAGCAUUUGCUUUCCACCACAGACGACGCGGCGUGGGUGCGUCGUCAUCUCUACUACGAUGGCCCAUGCCUCUGGCACCUUGAGUUGGACGUACAGAACGAACUGUACGAUACCAUGCAAGAUCACGGCAUUACGCUGGAUUGGAUGCGGUGGGCGGCCGGGUGGGUGUACUACCUUGAACACGUGGCAUAUGUGCAGUGGAGUGUUGGUAUGCUGGAGCAGCUUAUUCCGUCGGUGCUACGCGGUCCAGAGGAAGACUUUCUCACGGCGGAAGAGAGGGAAGAACUCAGCAAGCCAACGGAGGAGUGGUUAGAUGAGCAUUAUGCGUAG